CUCACAUUUCCAAUAUGGAUUUUGUACCUAAAUUGACACCUUUCAUGCCUACAGUUCUCAUUGCACUUGUAUAUCUGGUACCACUUUUCAGUGCCAGGCAAGGGCAGUAUGUUAUUGAGAAGAGAUUGAACACAUUGAUCAAUGAUCAUCUUGUGACUAAUUUACCUGGCCAGCCAGAAGUGGACUUCCGGCAACUAUGCUGGAUUUCUUACUGUGAAUGAAACAAGUGGAAGGGCUCUGUUUUACUGGUUCUAUGAGGCAACCAAUCGCCCUGAUGAAAAACCUUUAGUUCUCUGGCUGAAUGGAGGUAAUCAAACUUACUUCCUUUGCCAUAUUUCCUGUUCUUGAAUCCUCGCAAAUACACAAGCGAAUGGUAAGGUCACUGUGGAAACGAGUGUUGCUCGCCAAUGUGGAGAUCAUUGGAGUGGUUGCUUCUCUUCCCAUUGCAUCACCCUGCACCACUUUCAACUUAGAUAUUUGAUGAGUGUAAUGUCAGGUAGAAAGGCUUGAGUGGCCCUCAGCCAGGUCACCUUGCGAACGUUGGAAUUAUUUUCCAUGGCUGUCCUGAUCAGUUCCAACUUCCAAAUGCCAGGCUUUUGGCCAAAAUGAUAUCUCAUGCAUUUGUGUAUUAUAUAACAAAGUGUUUUCUGAGUGCUUUGCGUUGUCCAUUUUGCUAUGCUCUCCCUUUGUAUACAUGCGCUCUGAAUAAGAAAGUACUAUGAAAAAGUUCUUUUGUGGCAGAUUAAAGAUUAUUAUUCCUCUGGGUCGUAACGGGUGUCAUCACCUUAAUCUCAAUUAUUGUCCAAAUAGGUUCUUUUUCACAACAAGUACGAUUGUUAUUGUUUAUAUAUUCUGUGCCCUCUAAUAAGGUGACAAGAUGCUUGUUGUUUCAGGUCCAGGAUGCUCUUCUGUGGGAUAUGGAGCAACUCAAGAGAUUGGCCCUUUCAUAGUGGACGCUAAUGGAAAUGGAAUUAAGUAUAAUCCCGACUCAUGGAAUAGAGAAGCCAACAUGCUAUUCCUGGAAUCCCCAGUUGGAGUUGGAUUUUCAUACUCAAAUACAAGUGCGGAUUAUAAUAUUCUGGGAGAUGAAUUUACAGCAAAUGACGCCUAUGCCUUCCUGCACAAAUGGUUUCUCAAGUUUCCAUCGUACAGAACGCGGAUUUUCUACAUAGCAGGGGAAAGCUAUGCGGGAAAGUACAUCCCGGAGCUUGCUGAGUUUAUACUCGACAGGAACAAGGAUGCUUCACUUCAUAUAAACCUUAUGGGUAUUCUGACAGAUGCCGAAGACUGGAGAGGCAUGGUAGAUUACGCCUGGAGCCACGCCGUGAUCUCAGACGAAACCCACAGGGUAAUCAGCCUGAGCUGCAACUUCAGCAGCGACAACACUUGGAGCAACAACGACUGCAGUGAUUCUGUCGACGAACUGCUGAGACAGUACAGGGAGAUCGAUAUCUACAGUCUCUAUACGUCGGUCUGUGCAGGGAACUCGGCAAGCUCGGAUCAGAAAUCCACCCAAGUUAUGUUCACACGUACUUCAAAUAUGAUGCCGCGGGUAAUGGGCGGGUAUGAUCCAUGUCUGGAUGAUUAUGCCAAGGCUUUCUACAACAGGCCUGAUGUCCAGAAGGCCCUCCAUGUGAGCGAUGGCCACCGUCUCCGCAACUGGAGCAUCUGCAAUGAGAAGAUAUUCAAUGAGUGGAAGUACUCCAAGCCAUCAGUCCUUCCUACCUACACAAAGCUGAUUGGAGCAGGAGUCAGGAUCUGGGUCUACAGCGGGGACACAGACGGGAGGGUACCGGUGCUAUCGACUCGGUACAGCAUAAGCUCGCUGGGGCUGAAGAUAACCAAGUCAUGGAGGCCAUGGUAUCACCAGCGGCAAGUGAGUGGGUGGUUUCAGGAAUAUGAAGGCCUCACUUUUGCCACGUUCAGAGGAGCUGGCCAUGCCGUUCCUGUCUUCAAACCCAGCGACUCCCUCGCCUUUUCCUCCGCCUUUCUGCUCGGCGAUGCUCCACCUUCGGCCCGAUGAACCUUAUCUGCUUGGCGAUGCUCCAACCUUCAAGCCUUUCUGCUUGGUUGAUGAUUGCAGAAUUGCCUUCUGUGUCUGUUUUCAUCAAACUCUUACUGCAACAAUCGAAUCGACUAAAGAAAAGCAAGACGGCCCCUUUUUGUAACCUCACAAAAUGCCUAUAUUUAUACAGUUAAUAAAAGUGU